CCAAUUGACUGUCAAAGAAACCAGUUCUUUACAGUAUUUUUAAUAAAGCUCAUAAUUAUUUUAACAAUGAAAAAAAUACUUAAUAUAUCAACAAAUAUUGUUUUGAUAUGGAGUAUCAUUGAGUCAUCAGCUUUUGAAUUUCCCGACAGAUUUCCUCAAAGAAAUUGCAGGAUUAAUGAAUAUCGUUGUGACAAUGGUGAUUGCAUAAAAAGUGAAUCAUUGUGUGAUGGAAAAAUUGAUUGUUCUGAUAGAAGUGAUGAGACAAAAGGUGAAUGUUUAAAGCCAGAAAUUGAUUGUCCAAAAUAUGCAUUUAGAUGUUCAUAUGGUGCUUGUGUUGAUGGUGAUAAAAUAUGUAAUGAAAUUAAUGAUUGUGCUGAUGGUAGUGAUGAAACACUAUUACUUUGUAAUGAUACUAAUAAAAAAUCAUCAAAACAAUCAACAUGUAAAACAAAUCAAUUUACAUGUGCAAAUGGACAGUGUAUUGAUGAAACUAAUCUUUGUGAUGGUUCACCAGAUUGUAGUGAUAGAUCUGAUGAAACAGAGACUAGUUGUCAAGCAGUACAAUGUGAAGGAUUUUCAUUUAAAUGCUCUUAUGGUGCAUGUAUAGAUGGUGAUUUAAAAUGUAAUGGAGUAAGAAAUUGUGCUGAUGGUUCUGAUGAAGAUACACGUCAUUGUGCUGGUAAUCGACCUACUCCAACACCACCAGGAAGAAAACCAACAUCAAAUAAAUUUACAACUUCUACGACAACAACAAGAACAACAUCAUCAUCAUCAUCACCACUGAGACCAUGUAUAGCUCCAGAACAACCAAAACAUGGAAAAUGGAGUCAUCACACAUGUAAAACAGAAUAUAAUUGUGAAAAUUUAACAGGUGAUGAUUUACAAGGUACAUCAAUGGCACCUGGAUCAAAAUUAAAUUACAGUUGUGAUGAAGGUUUUAAAAUAAAUGGCUCAAAUGAUGUAUACUGUGAUCUCAAAGGAAAAUGGUCAUCAAUUCCCGAAUGUUUAGAAAUUCGAUGUAAAGCAUUGAGCUCAGCAUCAACAAAAUCAAAUUGUGCAAUAAAUGGUAGCUGGACAUCUUGUGAUAAUCCUGUUCUUCCUGGUACAAUGGCAGAUUUAUCAUGUCACACAAGUUAUCGUCAAGACACAACAACAAUUGGUCUACAAGGAAGACAUGUCAAAUGCAAUUCAAAAGGAAAAUGGCAACCAGAACCAAUACGUUGUGUUCCAGAUUGUGGCCGAACAAAUCGUUUAAUUGCACCAACUCUAAUUGUCAAUGGAAGUUUUCCAAAUAUUACUGAAAUUCCUUGGCAUGCAACUCUAUAUGAGGCUAAAAAAAAUGAUGAUAAUCAAAUUGAAAAAGAAUUUAUUUGUGGUGCAACAAUAAUUACCGAAAAUUUAUUAAUAACAGCUGCACAUUGUGUUUAUGAAGAUAAUAAUCAUCAGGUUAAAAAUCCAUCAAAUAUUUAUGUUGCUGCUGGAAAUACAUAUCGUGAUUAUGAUUCACCACUUCAUGAUUAUAACUACGUUCAAAAAAGAAAAAUUAAUAAAAUUUAUGUUGAAUGUGCAUACACUGGAAGUGUAGGAAAUUAUCAAUCUGAUAUUGCAAUUUUACAAGUUGAUAAAUCAUUUCUUUUUACAUUAUUUUUGGUGCCAAUUUGUUUAGACACAAUAUUUAAACAUAAAGCUAUUGAAAUUGGAGGUAUUGGACUUGUUGCUGGUUUUGGUAGAACAGCUCAAGGAUCAUCAAGUUUUAUUAUACAAAAAAUUCAUGUACCAGUUGUACCAUCAAAUCAAUGCACAAAUAGUACUGAUGAAUAUUUAAAAUUUUUAACACUUGAUAAAUUUUGUGCUGGCUAUACAAAUGGAUCAUCUGUAUGUGAUGGAGACAGUGGAGGUGGUCUUGUAUUUGAACUUCAAGGAUUGUCUUAUCUUCGUGGAAUUGUCAGUGUUGGUGUUGGUUUACAAAUGUCAUUUGGUAGUAGAAUUUGUGAUAGUUAUCGUCAUGCAUUAUACACAGAAGUAUCAAGUCAUAUUGAUUGGAUUCAAGAUGUUAUUUUUAAACUUAAAAAUGACAAAUACUAUCCAGAAUGUCAAAGAAAUUAUCAUCAACGUAAAUGA